GGUGCCCCCGGAGGAUCGCGCUAAUCGCCUUGGCUGGCAACGCUGGGCGCUGGAGGAGCAGCCCGGGGAGGCGGGAGUGGGAGGUGUUGGAGGGGGCCGAGGGAAACCAGAAAGGGAAAGUUGUAGAGGCGGAGAUAAAGCGCCGCUUCGCUCGUGCUGGGAAAGGUUCCUGAGCCUCGGGAGGGGGAGAACGGGCGCGAGGAUCGGCGUGGCGAUGCAACAAGCCCCGGCGUCGGCUGGAUCCACGCGGAGCUGAGACCUUUCUCGGACCGGAGGAGGAAAAGGCGGAGGAACUUUCUGUUGGGAAAGGACGCGGAUCUGCCGACUGUUGGUUGCAGCUCCGGCCAGCUCUCAGCCGCGGCGAGGCGAUCGUCCGAGGAAGGGGCCGCCUUCUCCCGAUGCAGGAUCCAGACCCUUAUUAAUGAUGCGACUCGUGUUCUGGGAGGAGGAGGUGGGCGGCUUGGGCUUGGCGCUGAUGGCGAGAGCUUGAGAGGCUUCGCCCCCCCUCCCUUCCAGAACCGCUUUAAAGACUCCAGCUUGCUGGAUGAGCCGCUCUUGGGCUGCUUCCCUGCCGAGCGCCCCCACCCCGGCCCCCCACCAGCACCGGAGCGCCGCAAACUCAGAAUCGGCCGCCGAGAAACUUCAGGAGCUGCUGCAGCCGCGGCUGGGCUGCGAUGCUGGAAACGAGUGCAGGCCUAGAGACUGACGCGUGAGUGCCAAGCGAUCUGGCCUGAAGAACUCGAACCAUAGUACUUUGAUUUCUUUUUGAAACCCCUCUUCUUUCGUUGGAUUUCUGCCUUCUCCCCUGUCUCUAGUUGGUGGUCCCUGUUUCGCAUCCAGGAUACAAAAUGGCGCUGCCGGGAUGGGGAAAGUUGGGGUCGUUGCCGUUUUCUGAUUUCGUGUUGACUUUCCUCUUGGUCGUCCAAACGUUCACGGGAUUCAGCUCCUGUCUGGAGCAGCAACCCUGCGCUUCCAACUGCACGUGCAGAGGCGAUCUUCUGGACUGUAGCAACCUGGGGCUAGAAGAGGUUCCCAUGGAAAUACCCGCCUGGGUAGUCUAUAUAAACUUGAGCCAUAACAAGUUGACGGAGAUUGAUCCUUCUGCCUUCUCUGGGCUGCCAAACCUGCGGGAGGUGCGACUGAGUAACAAUGAGCUGACAGCCAUUCCAUCCCUAGGAGCAACGUCUUCCAACAUCACCUCCCUGUACCUGAAUCGCAAUAGGAUCCAUAGCAUCAAGGCAAGGGAACUGGAGCCCUAUGUUGCCAUGGAAACAUUGGACCUUAGCUCAAAUAACAUCACAGAAAUUCGAAGUGGCUGUUUCCCACUGGGGCUCCAUAUAAAGGAUCUGUACCUGGGGAGCAACAGAAUCAGCACCCUGGAGACCAAGGCUUUUGAUAGCCUGUCAGGAUCCCUGCUAACGCUUCGCCUGAGUAAAAACAGGAUCACCCAGCUUCCUGUUAAGACAUUCAAGUUGUCCAAGCUAAUGCAACUGGAGUUAAACCGUAAUCGCAUUCGCUCGAUCGAAGGCCUGACAUUUCAAGGACUGGAGAGGUUAGAAGUACUGAAGCUUCAGCGCAACAGCAUAAGCAAACUGACUGAUGGAGCCUUCUGGGGUCUAGCGAAAAUGCAAGUUCUGCAUCUGGAACAUAACAUCCUGACUGAGGUUAACAGUGGCUCUCUAUAUGGUCUUAGUUCUCUUCAGCAAUUUCAUCUUAGUAACAACUUGAUAUCCCGUAUCAGCCCCAAUGGAUGGAACUUCUGCCAAAAGCUACAGGAGCUGACACUGUCGUAUAACAAUCUAACCAGACUGGAUGAGGCGAGCCUGGCAGACCUUGGCGGGCUGCAGAUCCUACACCUCAGCCACAACUCCAUCAGCCACAUUGCAGAGCGAGCGUUUAAGGGGCUCAAAAGCUUGCGGAUCCUGAAUCUGGACCAUAAUGAGAUCUCGGGCACAAUAGAAGACACCAGUGGAGCCUUUACUGGUCUGGAAAACCUAAGCAAGCUGACUCUGUUUGGAAACAAGAUCAAGUCUGUGGCCAAGGAGGCGUUCUCAGGCUUGGAGGCCCUGGAACACCUGAACCUUGGAGAUAAUGCAAUCAGGUCCGUUCAAGCAGACACUUUUGCCAAACUGAAGAACUUGAAGGAGCUCCACAUCAACAGUGAGAGCUUCCUGUGUGAUUGUCAUCUCAAAUGGCUGCCCCAGUGGUUAACCAGGAUGGAACUGCAGCCAUUUGUGGUAGCCACCUGUGCCCACCCAGAGUCAUUAAAGGGCAGAAGCAUUUUCGAUGUGGUGCCAGAACGUUAUGUAUGUGAGGAUUUCCCCAAACCCCAGAUCAUAGUUCAGCCAGAAAAGACAAUAGCCGUCCUUGGCAAGAACAUCCGCUUCACCUGUUCGGCGGCCAGCAGCAGCAGUUCCCCCAUGACCUUUGCCUGGAAGAAGAACAAUGAAAUCCUGAACAAUGCAGAGAUGGAGAAUUUUGCCCACGUCCGGGCCAGGGAUGGCAUGGUGAUGGAAUACUCCACUGUUCUGCUUUUGCGCCACGUCACUUUCACCCAUGAGGGUCACUACCAGUGCAUCAUCACCAAUCACUUUGGUUCUACCUACUCCCAAAAAGCACAACUGACUGUUAAUGUGUUGCCAUCAUUCAUCAAAACCCCCCAUGACAUUGCAGCCCGGACAGGGACGACAGCUCGGUUGGAGUGUGCUGCCAGUGGACACCCUAUCCCAGAAAUCGCUUGGCGGAAAGAUGGGGGCACUGACUUCCCUGCAGCACGUGAGCGUCGGAUGCACAUCAUGCCGGAUGAUGAUGUCUUCUUCAUCACCAAUGUGAAGAUAGAGGACAUGGGUGUUUACAGCUGCACUGCUCAGAACCCUGCUGGUUCGGUGUCUGCAAAUGCUACGCUGACUGUACUAGAGACGCCAAGCUUAGUUCACCCGUUGGAAGAUCGUGUUGUGUCAGUGGGCGAAAGUGUGGUCUUGCAGUGCAAAGCCACCGGGAGUCCACCUCCACGCAUUACCUGGCUGAAGGGCGACCAGCCCCUGGUAGUCACCGAAAGGCAUCAUUUCACCCCUGGUGACCAACUGCUCAUUGUCCUGAAUGUGGCAAUGGAGGAUGAUGGGAAAUACACUUGUGAAAUAUCAAACACGGUUGGAACUGAGAGGGCACACAGCCAAGUGAGCGUGCUGUCCUCACUUGGCUGCCGGAAGGAUGGGACCACGGUUGGAAUCAUCAUCAUCACGGUAGUGUGCAGCAUCGUAUUGACUUCUCUGGUCUGGGUAUGCAUAAUCUAUCAGACCAGAAAGAAGAGUGAAGAAUACAGCGUCACAAACACAGAUGAGACCAUUAUACCGCCUGAUGUGCCAAGCUACCUGUCCUCCCAGGGAACCCUUUCCGACAGACAGGAAGUGGUGGUCCGAGUGGAAAACGGCCAACAGCUCAAUGGCCAUAUACAAAGCAAUGGUGUUUGCCAGACAGACACAGAGAAGAGACCAGUGGUUGAUGAUGCUCCCCCUCUUAUUUAUCGACAGCCAAAGCUAUACCUUGGAUAUAAUAAAGACGCUUGGAAAGCAGAUGAUGUAGCUAAUGGGAUGCUUAUUACAGACAAGACAGGGUACAGCUUACCAGUUGUAUGUACUGAUUGCAGUGGGAGCACAGACAGCAUGAGUGUCACCAUUUACCCCAAAGAGCCAGAUUACCCUCUGGCUGUAGACAACGCUCAUCCAAAUCCAUCCAGUAGCAAAGAGUCCAAGAGGCAUGACAACAGCACACCUGCUGCUAACUAUCAAAGUCCUCCAAAGUGCAACGGGACCGCAAGCAAUAGGAAAUCGGAUGUCAGAGGUACCAUCUACCCCAGCAACCAUGACAGAAUGCCGGCUGCUAGCCCAAGUAAGCUGCUUCAAGUGGAGAGCAAAGGUUCUUCACAACCUUUAACAAAUUCUUCUGAGCUUCACAGCAUUUUACCGGCUUCCGGGGGUUCGGUCAGGCACCUAACAGGAGUUGCUGAACUAUCUCAGACAUUGCCAGCAGUGGAGGCUAAACAAACACUUCUCCUCAAUGGACACUUACCAAGGUCACGUGACUCCCUUCAUGAGUUAAGCCACUGAAGAUCACAAUGGACAGAGGAAAACUGCUCCGUACAAAUAAAUGGAACAUAUUAUGUAUCUACAGAUUUCUUUGCACAGAAUAUCUAAGCUACUUCUACCUCAGGUUCUCAACUGACAGCCUCUCGAUGGGAAAAAAAAUUAAGAGAAAAACAAAAUGAGGUAUAAGAAGCAAGCUUGUGUGGGGGAACAAAGUCCUUUCUGAGCGUUGCCCACUUGUACAUAGUUUGAAAACUUCCAUGAGAAGUAUCAAAAGCUCACACAUUGGCUUGCAUAGAAAGCACAGAAAUGCAAAAAGUUAUUGUGUAAAGUUGGGGGGGCGGGGGUGUAUUUGGUAAAUUUGUACAUAAGAGUUUUCAUAUAUAUAAAUCUAUGUAUCUAUAUAUAUAUAUAUUAUAUAUAUAUCUUCUAACAGAGUUAUUUUAUUCCUUGGUGCAUGAUCAAACAGAGUGAAAUUGUUCAAUGACUCUACAUUGUUUUCUCGCUAUACAGUUUCUCUUCUUUUUUUGUUUUUUCCCUCUCCAAAGUAAUCAUUCUGGUGCCUUACGUGGAACUUCAAGGUCAGGCCCAUAUUUUAAUGGAGCAGGCCUUGAUCAUGAAAAUUUCCUUUAUGUAGCAAAUACCGAAUUGGUUUGCUAAUUCAGUUAUGGAUCCCCAUCAAUAUUGCACUUGACAUUUAAAUUGAAAUUUCAGCAUUACUAGGCAGGGAAUGAUGCAAACUGCCCUUCGAGAAAUUCAUAUACAAGUUUCUUAAAAUAAAUGGGAAGUGUACAAAAGCACACUUGUGAAUUGUGCUUGGCAUAGUUUCCACAGGUGAAAGGUUGGAUGGAAGCUGGCGAAUAUUUUUUAAUGGCAGAACCCACAACUCCUGUCAUGCAUGGUGAGAUACACAGACAAACAUCCAGUUGACAUAAACAUGUUUUAGAUGCACAGAUCUGGUGGGCAGGAUCACCAUUUGUUCAUUGCACUAGUUAAGAUUCAAGUAUCCUAGUGGAACCACAUUUGGUUAGUUCCUUUUUAAAUGCGAAAGAAAUCCCUUUGAAUUUUUUAUGUUCUUUCUAUUUAAGUUCCUCCAGGAAUUAAGAAAAAUGAAUUCAUAGGCUGUAACUACAAUAGGGUACUGUUUUUAUUUUUAUAGUGCUUUGAGAGCUGUUAUCUAAAGCACUGUGAAAAAGCAAGCAAACAAAAAAGGUGAACAUGUGCAGGAAAAACUGUUUUACUUAAAAAUAGAGCUUUUAAACUCUAUAGAAGUGCUGCUUCUCUUGAUGUUUGUACCUGUGUAACAAAAAUAUCAUUUUUGCCCUAGUUUAUAGUUCAAGAUGGUUGCAUUUAAAUCAUGACAGACGGGGAGGAUUUCUUUUUUUUAAAAGCCAUGAUUAAAGGCCACUUUUAGAGAAGCAAACUGCACAACAGGGGGGUGAGAAACACCUCUGUUCAGUCAAGAACUCUCUUUGGGACAGAAUGUGUUGCCCCUUAAUUAGUUCUCAAAAACCAGUGGAAGCCUUGUGAGUGGCUUUGGAGGCAUCUUGACCAUUGCGCUUUCUGAAAUAUUAAGGGUGUUAAGUUCUUCUUACACCAACUUUUUCCUCAACUCUUGCCCUAUUAGAAAAUACCUUACUGAAGAAGGCCACAUAUUUCAUAACUGCAGUACAUUCUUCAAUGGUUGGCUUUAUAGGAAGCAUCUGUUUUGAGAGGCCUGCCACCUGUAAUUUAUCCUGUAGUUUUGAUGGGGAAGGGACACUUGCAUAGGAAAACUGCUCAAAUGCACACUUUUCUCAUAACGCUGGAUAGUCCUGCACUCAUUUCACAGCUCCCUUAAAAUAGUCUUACUCACGGAAGACACGGGGUUGUAAAUCAAGGACAUUAAAACAGUUGUGGGGGGGGGGGGCGGCACACAAACGAAGCCUAGGACUAAAAAAAUGACUUAUUCAUUGACGCUGACCUUUAUGAAGCAAUGCAUAAUUUGGCAAGCUACCUUUCUCUUACCCUUCUGGAUAGUUGAUACACUUGCACUUUGUGGUAGGUGGCUAAUUAUGUAAAGUGCCAACUGAUAGCUACUGAGCAAUCUUUUUUAAGGGGCCAUUUUCUCCCCUUGGGUGAAAGGAAGCAAGAUGUUUAUAAAGGGGAGACAAAUGAGUCAUGGUUGGUUCAUGGGAUAUGAGCACAGAGAGGCAUGAGGUAAAAAAGUAUCACCAUUGGAGAGGCUGCGCACACUUGCUACAUUAACAGUUGGGGGAAAUAUUGUAUUUUUUGAUACAAUUAACUGUUUAAAUAAUGUUACUUCCACUAAAUAUAUGUGAAUCUGCUGCUUCUGAGAGGCAAUGUGAAAGAGGAAGUAUUACUUUUGUGUACAAAGUUAUUUAUUUAUUAGAAAAUUUUGGUACAAUGUUGUACAUUGAGAAGUACAUUGUAAAAAUAUUGGAAGUGUCUAACAAACAGCAUUGAAGUGUCUUUAAUAAAGGUCCAUUUAUAAUA